CACUGGAGAAGAAAAAACCGCUGCUCGUCUGAGUCGCUUUAGUCCCUCGAUUUAUAAAAAUAAAAACACGUUAUUGUGUCUGGCUCUGAGGAUUUAAAACCCUGAGGGAGGAGAGAGAUGUUGAUCUCGCAGCACUAAGAGCUUUUCUAUGGACCCUUUUCACGUGACAUCACGACAAACACGGCCACCAUUUUGGACAUGUACUACCAGUAGUUUACCACAGCCAACAUUGAGGAACGGCAACAAAGAAAGUUUUUACUUUCAGCAAGACUUCCAUCAUGCCACUAUAUUGUUGUGCAGCUGGAUGUAGUAACCAUCAACAAACAAGGCAAGGUUUAUCAUUUUAUCAGAUCCCGACGGAGAAGAUGGAUAGCGGCCAUUAACAGAUUGGCAGCCCUCGGCAUACCAACGCUUGUGUAGUGACCACUUUGUUGGAGCUGUGUGAGGACAUGAAAACAGAAACGUCCACGGCUGGAGGGAUGUCAGAAGUCCAUGUGAAGAAAGAGGAGACCCUGGAGCUGAUUAUCUACAACUAUGGAGACGAUCUCGACAACCUACCUGAAGGUCUCUCUGUUAAAGUUGAAGAUCCUGACAAUAAAGACUACCUCUACUGUGAAGUUUGCAAAUCCUUCUUCCUCAACAAUUGUGAAGUUCAUGGACCACUCCUCCUCAUCCCCGAUACUCCUGUUCCCAUGGGAGUCCCUGACCAAGGCAGACAAACUCUUCCUCCUGGGCUAGAAAUCCAGAAGUCCAGUAUUCCUGAUGCAGGCCUGGGAGUGUUUAAUAAGGGAGAGACUAUUCCAGUAGGUGCACACUUCGGACCCUACCAGGGAGAGCUGGUAAACAGAGAGGAAGCCAGGAACAGCGGAGACUCCUCGGUUGUAUACAGAAGCAUGCAGUGUGAAGAAUACAUAGAUGCCAAAAGAGAGAUGCAUGUGAAUUGGAUGAGGUAUGUGAAUUGUGCCCGUAAUGAUGAUGAACAGAAUCUUGUGGCAUUUCAGUAUCGAGGGGCGAUUCUGUAUCGUUGCUUUCGACCCAUUAACCCAGGACAGGAGCUCUUGAUGUGGUAUGAAGAGGAGUACACCAAAGAACUCAGUCCUGCACCUACAGGAACAACCAGGCAGCAAGAAAUAAAGAACGCUCUGCUGCAAGUCUUUUCCUGCUCCACAUGCCCUCAUUCUUAUGCAUCUCAAAUUUACCUCAACAAACACAUCCAGAGAUGCCACUAUGAAGAGUAUGUGAGACUGCGAGAAUCAGGAGAGAUUAAAUAUGAACUUCAGAUCCCCUCUGAAGACUCCAGUAGUCAGCCAACAUCAUCUGAUCCUCUCAGUCCUGACCCUUCUCAUAAUGAUACACAGAAGGAAAUUCACCACUGCUCAGACUGUGGAAAGAGUUUUGGUCAUCAGAAUGCACUCAAGACGCACCAGUGCAGUCACACAGGAGAGAGGCCGUAUCACUGCUCACAGUGUGGGAAGAGUUUUACUCGUCAGAGUCAUCUCCAAAUCCAUCAGCGUAUUCACACAGGAGAGAAGCCGUAUCACUGCACACAGUGUGGAAAGAGUUUUAGUCAUCAGAGUAAUCUCCAACAACACCAGCGCAUUCACACAGAAGAGAAGCCAUAUCACUGCUCACAGUGUGGGAAGAGUUUUACUCAGCAGAGCAAUCUCCAAAAACACCAGCGCAUUCACACAGGAGAAAAGCCGUAUCACUGCUUGCAGUGUGGGAAGAGUUUUACUCAUCAGAGUGAUCUCCAACAACACCAGCGCAUUCACACAGGAGAGAAGCCGUAUAACUGCUCCCAGUGUGGAAAAAAUUUUACUCAGCAGAGUCAUCUCCAAAAACACCAGCGCAUUCAUACAGGAGAGAAGCCGUAUCACUGCUUGCAGUGUGGAAAGAAUUUUACUCAUCAGAGUAAUCUCCAACAACACCAGCGCAUUCACACAGGAGAGAAGCCGUAUAACUGCUCCCAGUGUGGAAAGUGUUUUAAUCAGCAGAGUAAUCUCCAAAAACACCAGCGCAUUCAUACAGGAGAGAAGCCAUAUCAUUGCUCACAGUGUGGAAAGAGUUUUACUCAUCGGAGUAAUCUCCAACAACACCAGCGCAUUCAUACAGGAGAGAAGCCGUAUCACUGCUCCCAGUGUGGAAAGAGUUUUACUCAGCAGAGUGCUCUCCAACGACACCAGCGCAUUCACACAGGAGAGAAACUGUAUCACUGAUCGCAGUGUGGAAAGAUGUUUACUUAUUCAGUUACAUUUAAAAUCUACAAGUGCACUAACUUGGAGACAUUGCAUGAUUAAAUUUGUCAAAUUAAAUAUGGUUAUUACAGUUUUGGCUGAAAAUGACCUGUACUUUUGAACUUUAUUGUUUGUUGACUUUUAAAAUGUCUAACCUUAUCAUGAUGUUUAAAACAAGACUAUUAAUGUUUU